AUGCUCUUCAUGUGCAGCACAGCGGAGAUGGCGGUUUGUAUGCCGAGCGUGCGUCCUUUCUUCACUCAGGUUGGCCAUAACGCUCAGAUUUUCCCGCUCCUGCCUACAGUCAUCCAAAACAGAGCGUUUCAGCAAGUCACGCCCAACACAACUGAGGCUCUUGAGCCCUGGACGGCAAUCGGCGAUGCACAGCUUACUGUUAUCGCAGACACUGUACCCGUGUCAAGCGCCCUCCCGAACUCGUUGCAGGUUGUAAUACCAGGAGACGCCAGCGGCACCGUGGGAUUCGCGAAUCCGGGGUAUUGGGGUGAGCAUCCUCGUCGAUUCAUCAUUGUAACGUCAGUCCUCCAUUCAAACAUCGAUACGCUUACCCCUCUUCUCCCUGCAGGUAUCAAGGUAGACCCCUCAUGGACAUACGAUGCCUCGCUCUACUACCGAUUCCCUUCUGUCUCUUCCUCCGCGCUGACUCUCACCCUUGGCUUACUUUCUUCCGCCAACUCGGUGCUCGCUUCCAACAGCAUAACUAUUUCUCCGUCUUCCGACUGGGCGCAGAUUGCUUUGACGCUUACCCCUUCAGCCACCCCGGCGAACAAUAACAACACUUUCUUUGUAACGUUCGAUGGGGAACAGGCGGCGGGGGAAACAGUGCAUUUUGCUUUGCUCUCGCUGUUUCCCCCGACGUGGAAGGGACAGGCUAAUGGGAUGCGUGCUGACAUCGCAGAGACCCUAGCAGAUAUGAAGCCCGCCUUCUUCAGAUUUCCAGGAGGAAACAACCUAGAGGCGAGUCUUCAAGCGUUGACCGAUCGAUGUACAAUCUAA